AUGCGGUCCUCUGGCCAAGUCCAAUACAAAGAUCGUACUCUCAUCGUUGCCUAUACAGGCAUAAGCCUCUGCUUGUUGGUGGCGAUCUGGUUAUCUUUCAGUAUUUUUGCCGACGCCAGUAAGUUCCAAUCCGAAGUGGAGGAAGAUCUCAGGAAGUUCAGGAUUGAUGCCAACGACCUCUGGUUGGAACUGCGGAAAACUCGAACCGGAGAUUCAUCAUUUUGGACAUGGCGCAGAACAAGAAGGCAAGCAUCCUAUGUGUUGUCUGGAGAAACUUCCACAUCCCAGUGCUCCUGCGCGCCAAUGUCGCAGUGUCCUCCAGGCCCUCCUGGGCAACCAGGACCUGAUGGCUUUCCUGGUGAACCUGGUCUACCAGGGAUUGAUGGAGAACCUGGACGAAGUGGAAGCGCUUUCCUUUCAGGCGCCGACAGCAGCUGCAUCAAAUGCCCUGCUGGUCCACCAGGAUCUCCCGGAGAGACAGGACCACCUGGUCCAGCUGGUAGUCCUGGUGCGCCUGGAAUUCCUGGUGAUGGUGCUGCUGCAGCACCACCUGGUCCACCGGGACCUCCUGGGCCAGAAGGCUCACCUGGCAACUCCGGAUCUCCAGGUCUACCUGGUACACCUGGAAACGAUGGGCAAAGAAUCCAGAGUUUGGCGGGGCCGCCUGGGCCAAUAGGCCCGCCUGGUACUCCUGGACUUCCUGGCCUUGACGCACCGUUUUCAGCUCCUGCACCUGCAGGUCCUCCGGGACCACCUGGAUCUCCUGGAAAACCGGGUAUUCCGGGAUUGAAUGGUGUGCCGGGUAAUGUCGGAUUAGCUGGCGCUCCUGGGAACGAUGCGUCUUACUGUCCAUGUCCCGAACGGGCGAGGCAACAAGAACAUCCAGAGGCGCCAAGAAAUACUAAUGAAAUUCACACCUUCGUGGCGCAGACACAACCGAAACCGCCUCCUUCAUUGAGCGAGGCUACAAAGGAGUCCAUCCGAGGGGAAGCGUUUAUUUUGAAAUUUGACCAAAACCAUUAA